AUGCUACCCGUCAUCGUCUGGCUCUUCCUAAUAUCACUUACCCGGUGUGAGGACCCGCCAUCCUCUCAGCUACAACCCCCAAGAGUCAGAAAUCGCAGAGCUGUCGACUUGUGCAAGCUUCCGAUGGAUAGUGGCAGCUGUUCAAGGGAGCUAAUUAGAUACUACUAUGAUGCAGCUGACGAUGACUGCAAGAGAUUCACAUACUCUGGAUGCGGAGGAAAUGCGAACAGAUUUAUGCGACGAGUCAACUGUCGUAAUCGUUGCGUGAAAAAUAAGGAUAGCUUGGGAAAGAGUAUCGAGCCACCGAAGAAACUUUCAGUGGUUGAACGCAGCAGCAAUGAUACAAAAGUUUUUCAAACUCAUCCAACAACUACCACGAGUACGACGAAGCUGUGGACUACUGCUGCUACUGCAUUGACUUCUAAAACUGCAAGAACGGCUUCGGUAAAAAGGAUCGAAAUUACAAAGGCUAGCCCGAACAUUCGCAGUUGUCCUGAUUGCGAUCCUUUCUAUGGCAUCUGCGAAGAGGAUGGCAAAUGCGGGUGUAUUCCAGGAUUUCGAAAGCUCGGCAAAAUUUGCAUAGAUGUAAAUGAAUGCAACCGGCCAAAUGCUUGCCCUCCCAAUGCCCAUUGCGUUAACACUUUGGGCUCAUUCCGUUGUGAUUGUCCAGCCGGUUUCGGCCCUGAUGGUGAUUGCGCUGUUAAGAAAGGUAAGAACUGA